UUCCGCCCUCCACUCGAUAGACGUCGAUUUUUCCUCUCCUCCUGCUGAUGGUGGGCGUGGCCGUUUCCAGACACAUCCUCCACGGCGGCAAAGAAGACGACAACGAGACCCUGAACCCAAUCGUGACGCGGAGCCGACAAAGGAAAAUAUGCGCAGAACUCUGCAUGGCAGGAUUGGGAGGAAACCCCUGCGGGGAAGACUGCGUGGACCUCGUCCCUACCGACAUGCCCGUGCAGUUCCAUCAGGAAAACUCUACUAUAAACUACAGUAUCCACACACGACACGGUGCAUGUGAUUUGCUUUGCGACAACAACCUGGGGUAUCCCCUGUGCGGGUGCUCGUUUGACAGCACGAAAACGACAGAUUUUGAGAGGGUUUGCAGAUUCUACUGCCUCGAAUAUGACUACCAAAUAUUUGGCUGUCAGAAAUGUAGCGUUUACAACUUCUCUUCAGCUGGACCAUUUUCUAUGCAGUCUUUGGUUGCCGAUAAUCAUCCCGUAGAUUGGAACUUGUGGUGCAAUAAUAGAUGUGCAGAAAACCAGGGAGGCGCUGCUUGCAGCUGUGAUAUGUUACCAAUGGCUUUACAAGUUUAGUAAUUUUGAUUUUUCAAAAAAGUUUGCAUCUGUUUCAUGCAAUUCAGAAUAGUAUAUUAUGAAUACUUGCUUUUUUUAUCUGAUAAACCAAAAAUUAUAGCCUUUAUGACUGCCAACGCUUUUAAAAUACUUCGUUACUUUUUGGAUCAGGAUUUGUUAAUAUCACUAUUGAAUCUCAUACUUCUCCAUCCAUAGAUUGGAAAUACUGAAGAUUUACUUUCCAGAAUUGAAUAUUUUUCUUUCGUGUUAGUUCUUGCAAUGUUUUGCACCAAAAGUAGAAUAUUUGUUACAAAGCAAUUUUUUUUGAAAAGCACUUCUGAGCUAAACAAGCCCUCAUUUGUUAACAAUCACAGAAUAUCUGUAUGGAAAACAUAUCAAAAAUUUUUCAUUUUGAUUAGAAUCAAGUGUUAAAAAAAAUUCAUUAAGAGUAUGAUCCACAAGCUCUUUCAGGAAAAAUAGUUUGAUACAGUUUGAUUUUUUCAGUUAUUCAGCCAGAUUCAAUCAGUCCACGAAACAUACCUAUGUUUCUUUUCUGACAUAUUCUUAAUGAAUUAUAAUGAGCUUCCUAAUCGUUUCUUAUGAAUUAUUAAUCAAAAUGAGAUGUACCUACUUUGCUCUACUGCGUAAUGUUUCCCUUAUUUUUCCAAAUCAGUUGUUUCAUUACAUAAAUACACUUUUCACUGUAUAUAAUGGUACUUAUAUGCUAAAUUCUAAAGUUUUAUACGAAAUAUAUAAUAUAGGGUGUUAUUUGUUGGGUCACUAAUUGGCGAUAAAAUCACUAUGUCUUCCAAAAUGUGUACAUAAAAUUGUAUGGUUCAGUGAAUCACACAAUACUAGUUCUAAGUAAUAAUUAUUUUAGAACUACUGGAUAGAUCUAGAAUAAGCAUAUCAUUGUUAGACUUUUGACAUACAAAAAAAUAUUCGUUUCCCAUAUUCCAUUUUCAACUUCUUCCUACUUAUGGUCAAUACUUUUUUUCUGUACAUAUCACAAAUUAGUUGCUUUGUCGUUUUCUUUCAAAUUCAUCAUAAAUCAGUGGCUGCAAUUGUACAAAGUAUUUAAGGUUAGGAUGUUUACUUUGGAAUCUUCGUUUUGAGUUGAGAUUUACUAUCACUGUUGUGUAAAGACAAUAACUAUUUUAGAUCGACUUGUUAAAUCAUAAGAACUUACCUUUAGGUACGACUAAUCGUUAAUUUUUAUGCUUGUGCAAUGUCAGCCCGAAUUGGCUUUGAACUUUCGAUACGUCAUUAGGGCAUGUUGAUUUCUUGGAUUUGUUUUUCGAUGUGUUGAAAUGAUAAUAAAAUUUAUUGAUGAAGAUAACAA